AUGCGGAUCCUGGCCUGGCUGGGCAUUGCCAGCCUCUGUCUGGGGACACCUUGGGCUGUCCCAGCCAAGAAGGAGAGGAGGAAGGCAGAGAAGCCAAAAGCUGAUCUUGCUCUCUAUGAAAACCUGGACCUGGACAACUACGACCUGACAUUGGACAACUACGGUGACAUCCUGGACCUGAGCAACUAUGAGGAGCUCUACGACUACGGUGACCUUGCUCCGAAGAUCGAGGUUGGCACUCUGGCUCCUCGCCCCAAGGACCCCACGGCUCUCCCAAAUGUGGGUGCCACGACUGAAACCCCGAAGCUGCAGCCUCCGACCAUUGCCGGCCCCGUCCGCCCAGCACCCAUCUCCGUGCAGGGUGAGUGCGGAUCCCCGGGUGCUGCACAAAGUUGCAGCCACGGCUUGCUCUGCCUCUGCAUCGGCACCUCCGUCUACUGCGACGAUGCCGACCUGGAGCACAUCCCACCGCUGCCGCCGGAGACCACCUACCUCUACGCCCGCUUCAACCGCAUCGGCGCGAUCCGGGCCAGCGAUUUCACGGGGCUGAAGAAGCUGAAGCGAAUAGACCUGACCAGCAAUUUCAUCUCCUGGGCGGACGUGGACGCCUUCCGCCUGCUCCCCAGCCUGCAGGAGCUCAUCCUGCCUGAGAACAGGCUGACGGUGCUGCCCGAGCUGCCCCGCAGCAUCGUCCGGCUCGAUGCCCGUCUCAACAGGAUCCCCAGCACCGGUCUCCGUCCUGAAGCUUUCCGGGACCUGAAGCAGCUGCAGUUUCUCCAUCUGUCCGAUAACCAGCUGGACUACAUCCCAGUGCCCUUGCCCGAGAGCCUGCGCUCCCUGCACCUCCAGAACAACAACAUCCAGACCAUGCAUGAGGACACGUUCUGUGACAGCCAAGACCACAGCCAGAUCCGCAGGGCGCUGGAGGACAUCCGCCUCGACGGCAACCCCAUCAACCUCAGCCUCUUCCCCAACGCCUAUUUCUGCCUGCCCCGCCUGCCCACGGGCCGCUUCUUCUGA